GCUAGCUAGCUGCGCCCUGUGUUGCUGCUCAGUUUGGCCACACAGACUUGUGCAUCUAUUUUGGUAUCUUCACAGCUCGCUAUCAGGAUCCUGGCCACACUAGUGCAUUUGAACAUGGAUCUGAGGGCUUGACUCACUUUGAUUGCUCUGGACUGAUUUACUGGAUUCUACAUUGAGGAUUGAUGUUUGAUACCCCUGUCUAGCUUGGAUGGUUACACUCAACAUGAAAGACCCAACAACAACAACAAGGAAGUUCACAUUUGGCAUCAGUUCUCCGAUAUCAACCUGAGCUGGACAGGGGAUGCACAAGACAGACAGCAAGCCGCCGACAUCAUGAGCUGUGUGGAAAAGCGGCACAUGAGCCAUAGGGUGGGAAGCAUGCUCCACCAUCGCUUCCCAAAUGGCUUCACCGACCUGUUCAUGGACGACACUGAUCGAGAGGUCAGCACUCUCACCGACAGAGCGUUUCGAAGUCUCUGCGUCGGAGAUGACGCUGUUUACAACGACGAAUUCUUGUAUGGAUACUCACCUUUUAGCUGCCACAAACCUCUGGUGGGGGAACCUCUUAAAAAGACUCAUCACAAGGAAACUAAAAAGCAGGGACAAAACAAAACUGAAAAAAAUUACACCCAGCCAUGGAACCAGCAACAACAGAAGAAUAUGUCCAAUAUGUCGUCGUUCCUCAAAGCAUUUAGUGCCACAGAGGAAAGCUGUGAGGGGAUGUUAAUCAAAAAUGGAGGUAUGACGGACAUUAAGGGGGAAUCUUGGGAUCAGUCUGCACUUCGCAGCAUCCAGCGAGAGCUAUCGGAGUUCUCCUCAGAUUAUCCAGCAAAUCUCGCAGAUGGACAUUACAAGAACUGUCAUCGACAUCACUCUGGAGAUGGUUCAUCAAACAAAACAGGAAAGGAUGCAGCCCCUCCCUCAGGAAAAUCUUCAAAGAAUAAAAAUGGAAAAUCAACUGUCAAACUACGAAAACUUAAUGUCAAAAACUUUUUCCUCCACAGUGAGUUAAGCCCGUUUCAAACAUGGAAAGAUUUUAACAGGUUCCCCUUUGGCCAAGAGGAUACAGUUCUCCCUACAGAUAGUAUCCCUAAAUGGUAUGACUUGCCUUUUUACAAGGAGCUGACAGAGGCACACAAACAAGAGACUCAACAUGCAGAGGAGGUGCAAGCAUGCCAAAAACCAGCACUUGACCCCCCUCCCUUAACUGCUCCUAAACCCAUUCCUCCCCCUGUGCCACCAAAGGUCCUGCCAAAGCCUUCAGCUGCUCCAGCUGAGAAGAGGUGCACAUCAGAUGGCGGGGAUGGGAGUGCUGCCCCCUGGAGGCGCAACAAGUCCAGGGCUAAAAGUGUGAUUCCAGUCAAUCAGUCAGGGCUACUGUCUCAGGAAAAUAAUUCAAAACAAGUGGAUGAAAGUUUGUUUCUGUUCAAAAAGGAAGCGAAAUCUGUUGAGGUGAAAGCAGUUGAAGAGGUCAGCUCUUUGGCAUCCACUCCUUUCAGCAUCUGCCAGUUGAUGACUCCCCUUAUUCCCUCCAGACAGCCAACAGACACAUCAGAAAUCCUCCAAGCCGUCCUCUCACCCUCUGCUCUUGACCUUCCACUACGACCACACUCAGAGGCCAAAUCGACUCCUGAACCUCCAGUCAAGCGGGAAAGCUACAAAUCACUUGCUUCUAGCAUUCUCUUCAACCUCAAAGACAACAGGAAAAGGGUAAAAAGUCGUUACAGCCCACCUAAAUUCAAAACACUUGAAGUUCCUGAGAGUGGAAUCCAGUCUCCACAAUCAGAUAAUGUCAAAAAUUCACAAGUUGGCUCUGAGGGCAAUGCAUCUGGUGUGAGCACUCCUGCCAUUUUAAAAGAAGGACUGGUGGUCUGUAGUCCUGUUUGGGAAUCAAGCAACAGUCCAGCUGUUGACCGUGCUAAACAUGAUGCUGAGAGACCUCUGUCAGAUGAUUACUUGUUAUCUAAUCUAUUACAAACCAAAAGGGAAGGUAACAGUAUUCUUGGUGAAGAGAAUCCAAUUUCUUCUUUAAUACACACUAAAAAGACGAAGAGCCCCAAGGCUAAAAAGCAAAACUACCCCUCUCUGAAUCUGUACAAAAAAGCUAGCCCUGUUGACAGUGAUACAAAAUAUCUUCAAGUCCCUCCAACAAAUGGUGCCCCCGUACUCAAACCAACCCAGAUUAGUGAGCAUUCUCCACUCCUACGAAACAAAGAUGUAUCUCCAAAAGCACUGCCAACAAAAACGGGGCUGUCACCAAAAUCUUUAACUGUCAAGAAAGACCAUUCGCCCUUAAUUUCACCAAAUGUACCUGAGAAAGAUGGCUUCUCAAUGAAUCCAUCAGAACGUAAAAUGCAACCAGGUAUCCCAGAAAAACCAAAACAACCCAGAGAGACAGACUUUGGCUUGCAGCCUGUUAGUGUCAAGGAAAAAGAUACUAGCAUCCAACCUUUAAGCACAAAGGAUGUGAUCAGGGCAGCUAGGGAAGCAAUUAAUGCGGCCAAAAAUAAGGCCAUGAUGGCAACCCAGUCAGAUAACUUCAAUAAAAACAAUUUAGACAAAGAAGAACUGAAGGAGAAGGAAACAGAUGACUCAAGAGAAAUGUUCAGUAUCAAGAGUUUAAUCCCAGAAAACACCAGUAUUUUAUCUCAAAGUAGAAGUGAUGCAACUGUUGAUGCACUUGUCAGAAAAGGUAAGAAAGAACCCCCACCAGUUCCAAAGCGAAACUUUCCUAAAUCUGAUAUUCAACUCGCUCUUGACAAACCUGUAACAAAUACCGUUGACACACUACCUAACAGAGAUUCAGGGGACAAAAAAAUAGAUGAACCUGAUCAGAAACAGGCCAAACCCAAACACAUUUUCUCAGCCAGACAGAACAAUUAUAUCAAAUAUCAGAGAUAUGCUGAGACGGAUGAUGAAGAAGGAGUAGAGCUUGAGGAAGGCGAUCUGAAAGUGAACACAAUAACGGGAGCUGAUGAGGAGUCGACGUCGUUCAAAGAGGCGAGAGAUAGUGAGCAUAUAUUUAAUGAUUUGCAAGCUUUGAAAGAGCUAGAACGAGCAAGACUAAGCGUUCAUGAUAACACCAGAAACAAAUCGGGAGUUUUUAAUAUUGAUGAGCAGACAAGAGCUAAGAAUGAUCUGAUCUCAAGGGAGCUGAGGAAUAUAAAGAAAGGUAUGAUGUCUAUGAGAGGGAACACAACAGCUAAGAGAGAGCUGUUUGCUAAGAAAGAAAAGGAACAAAGCAAGCCAGAAGCUUUCUCAAAGAUAGACAGCAAUGUCAUGGUUAAUAAAGCACUUAUAAAUGACAACUAUGACAAAGCCAAAAUGGCCCUUGAAGAAAUCAUCUCAGAGAGGCAAAAGCGACAUAAUGUAAAAGAGCAGGAUGCAAAUCUAAAAUUAAAUGAGAAGGCGGAUGAUGAAAGUUACAUAGCAAGGGUACAGCAAAGUAAACAAGCUAAUAAAGAUAAGGUUGCAGAGGCAAGGGAAAAACAAACCAGUUGGUCUCUUUCCCCUAAAGAUGUGGAUUUAAAAGAGAGGUUAGGUGAUCUGAGAGAUCACAAUCACAUGAGACAGAUUCUUUCACAAACAGAACCUAGAUUUGGAGAGACAGCUGGGAAGACAGUUCUACCUGGCAUGAAUAAAAUUGGAAAUGAGCCUAGCUCACUUGUCAAAACUAGAGGUCAAAUUGAGGAUAGACCAACUAAUGAUUCUAGCUACAAAUCAGAAGAGGUGGGUUUGAAAAAUCUAGAAGGACGGCUAUCUGAGGACAGCCAAGAAAGUUUGAUGAGCCAAAGUGGUAAAAGGCGAGAUGCGCCUCCAAUUCCUCCAAGGAGCAAAAGGGGAGGGAGUUCAAGAGAUGGAAGCAUCACGAUGGAAACAGAAAGGUUGAAAGAUUUAAUAGAAGAUGAUUUCUUAAACGGAGUUGAAUACUCUAGAGAAUUUGCAGCAGGCUCAGGUAAACAGGAAGUAGACAGUGACAUGGUCCUAAUGGAACUCAUGCCCGGACAAAUCUGUCCAGAUAAAAAGCAUUGGGAUAAGGGACAUGAUGUAGCUUCUAACUUUAUUUCUAAAACUGAUGCAGUUGUCAGGGAACCUGUGAAAUCCCCCCAAUCUGACAAUACAUUGUGUUUAUCCUCAGAGAUUGUAGGAAAUGAAAACUUUUUAUCAGAUGUGGUCCCAACAAGGGAGGCCACAGCUGAAAGUAGCAAUGACAGGAAACAGGAAAUAAAUAAGGUAAAGCGUAAAGCCCCUCUAAGACCUGACCACGUAAAGACUGCGGAUGACAACACAAUGAAACAUUUAGUGGAAGCAGAGCUUGACAAAAUAAAUAAAACUAGUGAGGACAUGGAUCCAGAGGUUCUCAGUGAAUGCCCCAUGAAAAUAGUAUCACCCUUACUUCUGGUGAACGGCGUUAGCAUCAAUCAAAGCCCGCCUGAUCAUGCCAGCUUGUCCUCAAAGUCAUCUUACUUCUCUGUGGAGAGUGCCCUGCUAAGAAACACAGAAACAGAGUCAAAUGUUUACCACUCUCUUGAGAACUUGAUCGGAGAGGUUGAGGAGGUUGAUGAGGUGAAGCAGAACACAAAAUGGGAUUCAGACAGGACAGAGGUGGAAUACUACUCUUUAAGUGACCAUGAAAGUGAACCAGAAUGUGUAAGGCAACUGCUAAAAUCUCCCAAAAAAGAAGAUACAGAGCUGCCAUACAAGUCCAGCCAAGAGGGAGGAGAUACCUCAAUGGGUCAAUCCCUAAGUCAAGAUGAACAGAAUCCGAUGCCCAUGUCAGCCUCAAACACUUUCUCCCCACCUUUGGGGAUCCCUGCCUUGUUCAAGGUCAAAGACAACACUUUCAGUAAUAAGAUGAAGAAGACUGUGCAACCUUGGUCCCCAAGAGGGAGUCUUAGUGUUUCAACAAAGGUAGAGGAAAAUCCAAAGCUUCCUCUGAUUGAUGAACCUGUCAACAGUGGAAUCACACCAACGCAAGUUAAAAUCUUCGAGCCCCAACAGCAAGUAAAAGUCUUUGAGCCCGAGCAGCAAGUUAAAGUCUAUGAGCCCCAGCAGCAAGUUAAUAAAGUCUUCAAGCCGCAGGAACAAGUUAAAGUCUAUGAGCCCGAGCAGCAAGUAAAAGUCUUUGAGCCCGAGCAGCAAGUUAAAGUCUAUGAGCCCGAGCAGCAAGUUAAUAAAGUCUUCGAGCCCCAGCAGCAAGUCAAAGUCUUUGAGCCCCAGCAGCAAGUUAAUAAAGUCUUUGAGCCCCAGCAGCAAGUUAAAGUCUUUGAGCCCCAGCAGCAAGCUAAAGUCCUCGAACCAAUGCUUCCUCUGAUUGAUGAACCUGUCAACAGUGGGACUGCAGCAAUAGAAGUUAAAAUCUUUGAGCCCCAACAGAUUUCAACGAACGUUUCCCCUCCUCUGCUGCUGUCUCCUUUAAGUCUGCAAACUGAAACCCAAAAGAAACCACAAAUGGGAGGGUUCCUUACUGUCCCACAGGAGGAGGACAGGUUUUCUGGUGUAAGCCCAUCCUCUGAAGGCCUGGAGAGCGUAACAACCAGCACAGUUGACACAGCUGAUGAGAUGGGAGCAAAUGAUGAACUGCUGAUAGAAGUGUCAAAGGUCCCCAGUGAAAGGUCUGGAUCCACAUGCAGUGGCAAUGACAGUCAAACAGGGCUGUCCAAACCUCCAGCUGUUCUGCCUAAAUCUGAAAAGGCAGUUCUCAGAGCCAUGAAACUUGCAACAAGACGGAUGAAAAAGGAAGAGGCCCAGAAGUCCUCCCAUAAAUCCUCCCAAGGCAGCAGCAAACAUAGAGCGAAUAAACACAAAAGGGAACAUUCAGAGCAUGAAAAUAGCAACAGCAACAGUAAAAGUAGCAGGAGUGGUGACAGGAAACAAAAAGAGAAGACACAGGGUGGUCAUGAUCUUAUGGAAAGUCACCAUGGCAUAAACAGCGAUGACCGGAGUGAGCAACAUCUCCAUGAAAGAAGAGGUCACAAAAAUGAAAACAGAAAAGACCCAAGCCAGGGGACUCGGAGACUGAGCCACGUUUCAGUUGAAAGCAGUAACCAGAACAAUGACGCUCUACCCAGUGUUACAACAGAAAGACAAGGCCGAAGCAAUACCAAACAAGUUCGAGACAAGCCACAACAAAGACACUACAGCAGCGAUCGAGUCAUUAGUAAUGUACCUGUAUACAAAGCUCAUGUUGGUGACAGGCCCAUGCCAGAGCGGCCUUUCCAAAGAUCUAUGAGCAGUGAUAGGUUCUUAGGAGACAAACUGGAGCGAAGGCUAAGCAACGACAUCUCAGUCAAUGAAAGACCUGAUCCAAGAUCUCUGCGCAUUGAGAAGUCUAUCAUGGAUGAGUUCCAGCAAAGAGGCCGAGCCAAAGACAAGACGAGCAGAGACAACCCGUUGAGAAGGAGUCACAGCAUUGAUGCUUACAGCACUGAAGUUCCUCAUCCUUCAACUCUGUCCCGUCAGUCAAGCCACACCAGCCACACCAGCCACACCAGCCAGCUCUCUCGCCAGUCCAGCAUUGAGCAUGCGAUCGUUACACAGUCUUUCCCAAUCACUCAACGCAAGCUCCUCCAGGAUCCAGAUUCUGGACAGUACUUCUUUGUCGACAUGCCUGUGCAAGUCAAAACGAAAACGUUCUUCGAUCCUGAAACAAGAAGUUAUGUGCAGUUGCCACUCCAGCCACCUGAGGGUGCUGUUCCUCAGGCCUCUCCCUUGGAAGUUUUGACCCCUCCUCUGGUUGUAUACCAUGGAUUUGUCCCAGUGCCUUUGUCUCCUAUGGCUCAAAAGGCUCCGAUCCAAGCCCCUCAUAUGGCACAAGAGGAGUUUGAUCAAAGACACUUGGAAAUGUCAAGGCAGAUGCUCUGCCAAGAGAGACAUCCUUACGUAGAGCCUAUCUAUGGGCAACACGACCACAUAUUAGGGGAGUUUUUGGGCACUGAAGAGCUUGACUGCCCAAGCUGAUGGGUAUUAUGCGUGAAAUAUAAAAAUACCCUCACAUAUAUUGCUUAUUUCAUGGUUUUUAUUGGAUUCCAGGGAUUAUUUCAUGAUCAAGUGUUUGAUUUUCUUUUUUCAUUUCUUUUGUACCCACUAAUGUUCAAGCCAGUGUCUUCCGUCUUUUGCCAUAAGGAUUGAAGGUCAGCAAAUUGAGAUAACUCAGUCAUGUUUGACUUGUACCGAUAACAAGAGCAAUGAAUUUACGGUAAUGUUCUAGGUUUUUUUUUUUUUUUUUUUUUUUUUUUUACAUGUUUCAGGAAGGAUUUUCUCUUCAAGGUUUGAUGUUUGUUGCUGUUGCUUUACUGGCCUUAAAUUAUACAGGAAACUCUGUGGACUCUGUGUUGCCAUUGAGUCCUUGGGUUUUGAUGAGUUUGACUUUAAUGUAACUGGCAGGAGAUGUUGAUGUUUUAAUGAGAUGACGGUUGUGAAAUGCUGUUAUUUUACUGUGGGUUUACAGAUGUAAGAUAAUGUGCAAUGUUUAGGAGUUCAGAGACAUGGGCUAUCCAUGUACAUAAUGUAUUAAAGUGUAAACAGAGAGGGUAAGCUGUAAUGUAAAUGAGAAAUAUUUAUUGUAAGAGGUACAGAGGUAUUGGGAGCCCGUUAAAAUUCAGGUAAUGACUUUUAUUUUACUUACCUGAAAAGUUUUGUUUCGUUUCUUUUUUAAUCAAAAGUUUGAGCUACUUGAAAAAAGAGACAAUUUAUUAAAGUAACUGUCUAAGAUUUUGUUGUAAUUGAGUUCAAACAACUGCAUUUAACAAUCUGCAUGCUAAAAUUGAACUUGCAAGAACACCUACACGUGUUUGUUGCAACACAGAUUGUACUUCUACUGUGUAAAAGCUUAAAUAGGCAUUUUUGCAUUUUUUUAAUCUGCAGGGAAAAUGAAAGAGGAAUUGGUUUUACCAAGUUUGUUGCAGACUAGACUUUUGCAGGGCUGUUUGUGUCUGUGAUCCAUUCCAAUAAAAAAACAACUGUUGUUACAGAGUUA